CUAAUGAAACUCAUCUGAAGGAGCUUUGCAGGCGGCGCCCUAUGAGUUCCGCGAUCUCGAACCUGUAUCUCCGCAUCUAUGGCAUCAGACAGGAGGAGGAGCCCGAGAGCUAUCAGACCUGAUGUGACCGUAUUACCAGAACUGCCACCCAGGAUCGCAGCUAUCUUCCUGAUCUGCUUUGACGUCAAGGCUGGCUACACGGUAAAAUGGAAGCGAGCUAUACCAGAGGUUGUCCUGGAGAACGUCGUUGAAUAUAAAUCACUCCCAUCAGGUUUACACAAUGUCAGGGAAGAUCUUGUUUAUUUCGUCCAUCAGCAAUAUGCUGGCAUCAGCGCGUUUAUCAACCACCCCGCAGCAGAGUCCGAGCGGAACGCCUUGAUGAUAGCUGUUGGGGUUCUAGUACCACUCAGCUACGGUAGGCUAGGAAAAGCUUGGAGACAUACUGCGAAACUAAAGGAAUUGGCAAGGAGUCUUGCAGAUGAUUCUGAUAAUACAGAGCCCUUGUCUGCGUACUGGGAGACGCACCAAUUGUCCGAAGAUACUGUGUCUCCUCCAGAUUCCCCGUCAGGUGCAAUCGCAAGCCUAAAAACUCCUGUUCGUGACGUUUAUGCCAGACAUCGCGCGCUUAGCGAUGCCACAGCGCUUUUGACCUCGAAACAAUCGCUUGCGCCCUAUCAUCCGGCUCUCUCUCUUCCAGAGUUCUUAGAUACUUUUGGACCGCUAGUUUUCCAAUUGUACCGAGCAGCUCUAUUACGCAAACGGAUUCUUUUAGUGGGUGAGGCGCCCGUGGAAGAAUCAUGUAACUUCGUCUAUGACUUGGCUCUUCUCUCGUCGCUUCCGCAAUCCCUACUCCCUCUUCUCCCAGCAACUGCUUCUGCAGCUCUAAGGCCUCGACCUCUAUUCAGUAUUGGCAUCCAUGACAUGCCCUACAUAGCGUCACUCUCAUAUCCUGCCGUCUCGGAUCCCGAUAGCUGCUGGAUUGCAUGUACUACUGACCGUGUGCUCAGUUUGAAACCCGAGCUUUAUGAUGUGCUCGUAAACCUGCCCCCGGCUUACUCUAAACAUGCACCAGUAAAGACCUACCCUGCCAUAACACUCACAGCUCCUCGUACAUCACAUAAGCAGCAACAAAAACCUAUGAAUAUCAAGGCCACCCAGCGGGACGCCCGCCGAUAUUUGGCCCUUAAGAGGGGACUUAGCGAACUCUCUAGAGGUGACUCUGCAUCCGCGAGGGAUGAUGAGGAAGUUUCGGAUAGCACUUCAACUUUCUCUUCUAGCUCGAUUGUAGAACCUGUCUCUUGGCCACUCCUCGCGUACACAUCCUUCCUCUGGUGGGCCUCGGCGGGUGAGAAGCGUGAAGGUACCGCCGAAGGAGAAAACGAGGAGGAUUCCCGUCUUUUACUGAUCGAUAAUAUCAACGCGCCUCUCCCUACUUAUCCAAGCACGCUAAGCCGUCGCGGUAGCAUUACGCUACAGGAUCAGAGCACCCACCAGCCACAAGAAAUCGCAUUAAUAACCUAUUUCCGCCGUCUAACCACACAAAUAUUCACAGUGGUUUCUGACGUCAUCGCGCGUCAGGAUGAAAACGCAGGAGUGGCCGAAUCCGCAUUGGUCCCUGAGAGCAACGGAUCCAAUAUCGACACUGAUGGAGAUUCCGCGCUGGACACGGCGGUAUCUUCUACCGAACCCUUACUGCCUUCAUCGUCUUCCCACAAUUUGUUAGACGAGGACGAUAUCAUCACUAUUACAUCUAGUGACAUGACGGAGAUGGGGCUGGAUACAUGGAGUGUAUCGGAUCGAGCAUUUGUGGAGGAACUUGUGCAAGUCUGGUGGGGUCGCAAGGCACAAGUUCACGGAGCGAGAAUUAACUGCUGUGGGGUACGAAUUCUUUAGCAGGAACUAUAUGCAAAAGCAAUACAUACGUGGAUGUGAUCUAUAUUGCUUGCCUAUGUUGUCGAAUUAAUGCAGAUAGCAUAUCAUGGGGUGCCAGCUUCUACGUGCUUAAAUAAAACCUAUCGCCAUUUGUAAUUUGUUCAGAGCAUACAUUCAAUAUUCUAUUUGUAAA